AUGGAAGCUGGGGAAGGAAGCAUGAAGCCUUCUAGCAGCAGUCAUGAUUUACCGAAUCCUAUCAAAAAGAAGGUAGAAUCAUUGGUUUCUCAAAAAUUACAUGCUGAUCAGGAUUUUUUGAAAAUGGUUGAUUAUGUGGCACCAAUGGUCGAUGAAAUUGAUAUUCAUGUGGAACGGCGGUUACAGCAUCAAUUAGAGGAACGUAAAAUUAAAGCAAACAGGGAUUAUUUGCAGGCUUUCGGAGAGGUUAAUGAUAGGGUGCAAAAUUUUGCUGCAAAGGUGCGACAACUGAACAGUAUUUGUCAGGAUAUGACUAACAGAAUUCAGUCAAAUAAAGCAAAAACUCAAGAUUUGUUGGCGAAAACUGCUUCUCUUCAAAAUGAAAAGCUAACACUAGAAAAGGAACAGUCAGCAAUUAAUGAUUUCCUGACUCGUUAUACACUAACAUCUGAUGAAGAAGCAGCUCUAAAGGGCUCUGAAGCUGAUGGCACAGUUGAUACGAAAUUUUUUGCUGCCUUGCAGCGCGUAAAACAUAUCCAUAAUGAUAGCAAAAAUCUUCUUCGAUCUUCCGGAGAACAUCUUGCAGCAUUAGAGAUAAUGGAACAAAUGGCAAGUAAGCUGGAACAAGCAUAUGAAGUCCUCUACCGUUCCAUUCAGCGGGAGUGUCGCGUGCUCAACGUGGAGUUUUUGGAACUAAAAGGUGUUUUGAUGCAAUCUAUCGCAGCUCUUCAAGACCGAGAAGUCCUUUUCAAAUACGCAUUGGAUGAAUAUGUCACAGCACGUAGAAAUCAUUUAGUUCGUGCAUAUAUUGAUGCUUUGACCCGAGGAGGUGUUGGUGGUACGCCCAAACCAAUUGAAUUGGUAUCUCAUGAUCCUUUAAGAUAUAUUGGUGAUAUGCUUGCAUGGAUUCAUCAGGCUAUGGCUACAGAGAAAGAGCUUUUGCAAACAUUGCUGAAAUUAUGCAGUGCAGAUGUUUUAAAAGAAAACGGCGUUGUUGUAACGAGCCAAAUUUCUGAAGCACUUUGUCGACCAUUCAAAAUACGUGUUGAGCAGGCUCUUACGACAGAAACAAACUGUGUUGUUCUGUAUCGACUAUCUUGCCUUUUCACUUUUUACUUAGAAACAAUGGCUUCAUCAUUGUGUCCGGAUGCGAUGUUACUUCAAACAUUCACAGAGCUUAAAGAAUUGACACUAAAUUUGUUUUUCAGUGCAUUGCAUUCUGCGAUUCAAAAGCUUCUCGUGAAAAUGGGAACGCCAGAUUAUGAUUUGCUUCCUGUAUCUGUAGUUCACCAAGUACUGCUGCUACUUAAAGAAGUGCUAGAGUCUCAUGACGGUGCUGUUGCUAAUGUAGCUGACAAAAAAGAAAAUUUCGAAAAAAUUUUCUCGAUCGUAUUAGAUCCCUUAAAUCAAGCAGUGCAGUUGUCUGCUUCAGAACUUCAUGCACCUGUUGAUGUUGCUGUUUACACUCUUAACUGUCUGUCAGCUAUUAACAGUUGUAUUUUACUAUAUCAUUUUACAGAUGCUCGCCUUGAAAUGAUUAAAGCCCAGGUAACAAAAAAUGUGCAGCUAAAUUAUGAGGAUGGAAAAAUCAGCGGAAUGGAGUCAUCACGAAUAUCAAGUGCACUAAUUUUGUUUGAUUCCUUCCUAGCAAAUCCGGACCAUUACAAAAUAGAUCAGUCUGUAAAAUUAUCAUCCGUGAGACUAAGGGAUUUGGUACGAGAGCGGACAACCGAAAAUAUAGUGGCAGCCUAUAGAAUAAUUUAUGAUAAAGUUAUCGACUCCAACAACGGAUACUCGCAAUUGUCGAUUAAAAAUGUGGAGCAGGUUGUUGAUGUAGUAAGUGGGAAUAAAACUCGUUUUACAAUUCAUUUGGAAAAUAUCUCUCACAUAAUAAUGUCAAUUACUUCAGUAAUGUUCUCACGUCGUCGUAUUCAAAGACACGGAAAUGAGUUUGUCUACUUCUUAAUUUAUCGCCUUUUCACUACACCUGAAAUUCCACCUGUUACUUUAACUGCUAUAAUAUUCCAGACGGCAGUUUUUCUUGAUUUUAUACCGUUUCUGGGCUCUGACAGGAUAAGAGAAAUGUGCCUCAUGCCUUCUCAUAUACUAUAUAGAUCAGAAUGGUUGAGAAUGAUAGCAUCUCCAUUUAUGCAUGCCUCUGAUAUGCAUCUUUUCUUCAAUAUGAUUUCAUUACUAUGGAAGGGGAAACGACUAGAGCCCCUGUUAGGUUCGAGUCGUUUUCUUUUUCUACUUGCAGUAUUCACCAUUUUUACAAGUGGAACGAUGGUUGGCUUAAGUUAUUUGGCCGAUGAAUUAAUGGUUUUGAAUGACUCAGAUUUUAUGAGUAAUUGUGCCAUCGGUUUUUCUGGAGUAAUUUUUGCUUUAAAAGUAUUGCAUACGACAUACUUUCCCCAUUCGGACCAAAUCUUAUUUCAAUGGUUUAUAAUACCUUCAAAGUAUGCUUGUUGGAUAGAGCUCUUUCUUAUAAAGCUUUAUGUUCCCAAUUCAUCCUUUAUUGGUCAUCUGUCGGGCAUUCUUGUUGGAUUGGCAUACACAAUGGGCCCACUAAAAAUGCUCGUUGAUUUCUUAGAAAGCGUUAUUCCUCUUCAAUUUGGUCAGUUUGAUUUGUCAGUUUGA